GUCACGAAACCCGUUACGAAGCAAGAACACGAAGGCAGAAACACAAAACAGCAGCAUAGCACGGAAAGCAAUAAUAGCAACACAACCCCAGCAAAAAUCGAGAUACAAGGGGGGUUGAAGAAAUCGGAAACAAGCAAACUGCAGCCAUCACCGUCAACUUCCGUCUCGAACACAGGUGCUAGGAACCAGGGACCACCGACCCCAGCUUCACUCCGAUACUAAACAUCAAUCACAAUGGCCGCCGCCGCAGGGGGUCCCCUCCCCUUCGGCGCCCUCAUCUCCAUCGUCCUCCUCGGCACCUUCACCGUCUCCGCCACCCUCGCCUUCUUGGGCAUCUGGCUUUCGCGUCGUCGAAGACUAGCAGUAGCCGCGGCGGGCCAGGGCCAGGGCCAGACAAACAAGGAAAGAAGCGGUUGCCAUGUGCAUGACUUGACUGGUGAGACGGCUAUUGCAUCGACGGCGUUGACAGUCCAUGUUGGGAAUGGUCACAAUGAUGUCCUGGAUGGUGAAGAUUUCUCACCGACGAAAAGAAGUCCGAGAAAGUUACAAAAACUUCCGUCUGCGUCGUGGACGACGGCGUCGGCUUCGAGGUUUAAUAGUACUACUUCUUUGUUGCCUAAGGUUAAGGAGAAGGGGAAGGGGAAGGGGUCGAGGGAGGAUGGGUUGAGGGAAAAUGGAGGAGGGGAUGGAGAAGGAGAAGAUGUGUUUUCGGUCUCCAUGCUACCUGGCAUGUCGUGGACGGGCAUGGGCGGAGCGCAAGGGCAAGGGCAAGGGCAAGGGCAAUGGUCACUACUGCCAUUCAGCAGGUUGAGAAAAACCUCUUCCGGCAGUCUUCUUCGCCUGCACAAGACAAAGCUGCUGGGCGUGGGUAGGAAGAAGAGCAGUGCCAGUGAAAGGAGGAUGGCGAACUCGGCGUGGAUCGAUGAAGAGGCGCUUCAUGGGCCGGAAGUGAGCGGCUUGAGCAACAUCACGGACGAAAGCGGAAAUGGUAAUGACAACGAAAACAACGGACACCGCAAGUCGUUGUUGUUUGGCUGGCGAAAGGGGAAAGGCAGAGAUUGGAUCCGGGAAUCGUGGCCGUUGAAGACGAGAACGCCCACGGUUCCCAGGUUGGAUGACUACCAGGAACUUGCUGGGAGUCAGAUCCAAAGCCAAAACCAGGUCCAGGCGAGCGACCGGAGAGCAGAGCAGUUGGAGACCGAGACGAUGACAGGUCGUCUUGGGAUUCCUUCCACUGAUAGUGGUCGACGUGCUGUCAGAUCUGCCUAUGGCGCAAUGGAGGGAGGAGGAGGAGGAGGAGUGUUACCGGUCUCUCUACUACUACCUGAGCCUCCCCAGCCCGCAAUAGUGAGAGGGCAAGCCGGAACGGGAGGAGGGUUCGUCGUGCAACACAGACAUACCAAGAGUGAGCCCCAGAGGAUCUUGAGGGUCACGAACCCAAGCCCGACAACUAGCUCUGCUAGGCCUACACCUAUACCUAGAACGCAGUCAACCUCGACGAAGAACAGACAGGUAUCAACGGAGUCGACACUCUCUGAUAUCCUCAGAUCAACGGAAAGGAGGCUUCAGGAAGGCGGUACCAGCGGAGUGUCGCGGCGAAACCGAGCGACGAUAGCAGCGGUAUCUGGUCCCCAUCGCGGUCUUUCUUUGCAUGUGGCCAAGAGACUUGAGGAAAGCCGUGACCCUGGUCUUCGACGAAGCGAGUCCCUCAAGGAAACUCGAAGGACUCGAACGGAACACGAACUCCCCGUCAUCAGCCCAUCAAGCAGCGGCCUAGUGGCACCGCUGACACUCGUGCCCAAAUCAUCGGGACAGCGGCAGCGGCCAGACUCGCGGGAAUCAUCGUCUUCAGAGCCGGACAGUCUCCUGGCCGAGCCUGCCUACUCAGAGAUGCCGUCAGGACUCACGAGUCCAAGUCGGGUCUCGAGCAUAGCCGGGGCUUCGAGCGUUGCCGAGACAGAGAUCGAGAUGCUCCUCAUGACUGUGGAUGUGCCGUCGAACCGCAAUUCCAUGACCUCGGCAGCAUCUCUUUCCACUAUUCAUAGCGAGGACGAAUCAUCUGAGGGGGGAGCAAGAGUGUCAGCAGGAACCAAGAUGCCAUCUCCUGACCGUGCUGCUAUGGUGGCAGGAACCGGAAGACCCGCGGUAACCCUACAGACUUCCAAGGUCAACAAUGAGCGAUUCACCUUGCCCGCUCCGUUGUCUGCUGUUAAUGCAUCUGCCCCUUCUCUACCCUCUGGAUCCUCUACCCGGCCCUUCACGAGCUACGGGUGUCCUGUACCGAGACCUCUUUCAACAAGGUCUCAGGGUGAGGCCGAGAGCAACAGGAGAUCGUUUGUGCGCAAGUCCAUCAUAGCACAAGAACCAAUUGGCCCCAUGCCAUCGAUGCCUACCAGGCUACUGCCGUGUCCAGGAGUGCCUUCCGGCAAGAACUGCGUGAUUGCCCAAACCAGCUGUGGCAAAUGGCACACCGCAAUGGCGGACCCUUUUCAGAUACCAGUCAGCCCGACUUCUCUUCAGGCGUCGACAGACUCCGCAAGUCCGACAUCAUCUUCGGGUUCCAUGAUAUCAAGGGAGACUCCCAGAGGGCUUCGCUCUCCACCCAACAAGAGCACCACCUACAACAACACGCUGUUGAAUUCGAUAGUACUCCCACCGCCCACACAACACAGAUAUGUCGAUGCCAAGACGGUGGUGGGAGAGAGCAAACCACCAGCCAGGCCAGGUGUAACUCAAACACCCGAGCGUGAGCGUCGCUGGCCCUUUAUAGCCGCACGCACCGGAGCAGAGGACGGUAACAACUACCAGCCCCCCUCACCAACACCACGCUCAGGUUCGCGCCUGUCCCGGCAGCUGUCCUUACAGCAACAACAACGCAAAGCCAGUGAAUCAUCGUCCGUAUACUCGCAAGACAUUGCCGCCAACGAAGCAUUCAGCCCGGCAUCGGUACCAGCGUUCACGAUUCCCAUUCCAUCCAGUCCCACUCGGACAUCCCUCCCUCCAUCGCCAACAUCGGUGGGACUGGCAGCAGCGCAAGCUCUCAACGCUGCCAAUUUCCAGAGGAACUCGAUCCUCUUUGCCGGAGCCCAGCAGCAGACACCCUCUCGCCGCACUUCACGUACUACGAACGCCAAUAGAGUGUCGGGACUAUCAGUGCGAGACGUCGAGGAGGUUGGGGAGGACGAUAACAAAGAAAAUACAGCGGCCACACCAAAAGCCAGCCCCAUAGCCGCCACCAUUGCCCAGCUCCGACGCAUGAACAGCGUCCUCAGCACCGCCUCCAGCGCCUCCAGCGUAAGCAGCAUCAACACCGACAUGGCUGACGGCGGCGGCAAUGGCAACCUGAGCAGACGGAACAGCAGAGUGGGAUUAUCAGCCAGCCCGACGCAAUCGGCACUAAGAGGCGGUGGAUUCAACCCGAAUCCGAGGCGGGAUAGUCACCAUAGUUACGGCCAUAGACGAAGCGGGAGCAGGAAUUACCUGUUUGCGUUGAGCGGCGGUGUUGGCGGUGCUGGAGCCGUGCCGUCGACGACGCCGUCAACACCAAAAGUCUUGAAGAGAGCAGGGGGGAGCGGAAGCGGAAGCGGUAGUGGGGUGUUGCGCCCGAUCUCAUCAGGGCAAGUGAACGGGCACCACUCACGGACCGGAUCGGGAUCAGGAUCAGGAAUAGGGAGGGUGGUGUCUAUAUCCCGAUCUGGGUCGCCGCAGAGGAUAACCUUGACUCCAUCCCAGGGACACCACCGAAGCCUGGGUGGUUACGGUGGUAAUAGCGUCUUGGGGAGUCCCAGCCCGAUUAACGUCAACAUUCUGAAGAACCGGUUUCAGUUUGACGACGAUGACGAUAAUGAUAAUAAUAACGAAGGCGGAAGGGCCGGUAAUGUUAAUGGUAUCACCACCCAAACGCAGGGCGGCAGUGGCUUUUUGGCAGGCAGGAAGAAGGAUGAGGGCGAAGAAGAGGAGAGUAAGAAGAAGCUUCCGGUCAGAUUCGCGUUGCCGAAUUCUUCCCCUGCCAGUAUUGGGUUGACGGUGAAUUCACCCCCGUCAUCGCCGUCGCCGAGGUCGAAGCAGGUUCAGACGGGCAUGGUGUACGUGACGCCGAAGGGAGGGCGUUGGAGGCAGAGUAAUGAGAGUCUGGGACUUUAUGACCGGGACGGCUUCUUGAUUAAUUCGCCUAGUCGGCCUUCUGGAGCGAGUCCGAGUUCGGUGCGCGCUUAGGCGGUAACGGUCAAAUGGGGAUAAGGGUGUGAGGAGUGAUGGACUAUUCAGAGGAGUUGUGGUGUAAUUGAUGGCGGCGUUUCUGUCUUGUUCAGUUUGAGGUGGCAUUUUGUUAUUUGUUAACCAUACCCGGCGUGCUUUUUUGCUGAACAAAGUUCGGCGUGUUUUCCUGUAUAUAUUGGACUCAAAUUUCACACAAGGUUUUGGCAAUUUUCGGAUUGAUGACAACUUAUUUGAACCGAAACAUGAAUCAAGUGAGAAGGAUGUUGUUGUUUGCAUGUUGAUGGUCAAGAUGAAGUUGGCAAGAAGUGGAAGCCGUCCUUUGCUCUGAUUGGCUCCUUGCUUGGCCAGGCAGCUGCCAAUUGCGUACCAG